UUCAAGCAUGGUAUAUCUUACUCUGCCCGAUUCUCUCUCUUCUCCCCUCUCUCUCUCUCUCUCUCGUGAUAGCAAUAAAGUCACCAUAGUUUCAUGGGCCAUUUCUUCAGCCAUCCCUAUUCUCAACAACACCGACGAUGGCGUCUGUCUAAUUAUCGAUCAAAGGUAAGAUUUAUUUGGGAACAAGUUAAGGGUUUUACGACUUGUUCUGUAUUGAAACAAUGCAGCUAGGACUUGUUUCGCUGUUGAGAGCCGCAUGGAUCGCUGGGACUUUGCCUAUACUCAUCGCUUUAAUACCUUCGCCUCGGCUUACUUGGUUCCACGAUUUCUUGUUGGGAUUUGCGAAGAGAGGGAAAAUCAUGCAAUCUUCUUCGUAUAAAUUCACUGUUCCUCAGAGAUUCUUCUGUCAUUUUUACAUAGUGGCUGUCGUUUGGACAACGCUCUUGGUUGUUGCAACUUUGUUUUAUGCGUAUAUAAUGGCACCGCUGGUCUCUGAACCAUUGCUUUAUUCUACCAUUACCAGUUUCUUGACUGGAGCUUCAAAUAGGUUUUUCUUGCAUAAAUAUCGUUCAACAACAGCAGAACAAAGAUACAAAAUUUGGCUUUCUGUGUUUGUUCUUUUGCUAAUGGAAGCUCAAGUCUUGCGCCGCCUUAUCGAGACUAUAUAUGUAUUUAAGUAUAGCCCAUCAGCUCGUAUGCACAUAUUUGGUUAUGUCACUGGCUUAUUUUUCUAUACAGCAGCUCCACUAUCGCUGUGCUCUACUUUUGCACCUGAGGUGUUCAAAUUUACAGAAAAUCUGGUUAUGGAGUUCGUUGUUAAAGGAAAGAAUCAGAUGCCAGUCUCUGAAUUUGAUUUUUCGGGAUUUGUUAACCAUCUCCUGAGGCUUAGAUGGUAUGCAUGGAUUGGUGCAGCUAUAUUCUUUUGGGGUUGGAUUCAUCAGCGCCGUUGUCAUGCAAUUCUUGGAUCAUUGCGAGAGAGCACAGAACAAAUUGAGGACUAUGUAAUUCCUGAGGGCGAUUGGUUUGAAUAUGUUUCAUCUCCACACUAUUUGGCUGAGAUUGUUAUAUAUGCUGGUCUUGUGGUUGCUAGUGGGGGGCUAGAUCUCACAAUCUGGUUACUUUUUGGAUUUGUGGUCACAAAUCUUGUAUUUGCAGCUGCAGAAACACACAGGUGGUAUCUUCGCAAAUUUGAUAAUUAUCCUCCCAACCGAUUUGCCAUUAUUCCAUUUGUCUAUUAAUGCCUCUGGUUACUUAUGGUUUACUGGCCAAAAAAACCCAUGCGUGCCUUGGGAUUGCGAGGAUUUCACUGAAACAUUGUCAACUUCCCUCUAUCGGGAUGAGCAUUUUUUCUUGUAGGGUGGCUUUUGUUUUCCCAAAUCUUUUUCCUUUGAUCGGGUUAUCAGGUUAAACAUCGGAGGAGUUGACGUAUAUCUUUCAAAAUAACUGCGUCCUAAUCAAUGUUAUUGGAGCUACGUUACCUGUUCAAACCAAAUUCAUGCCUUUGUAACUUCUGUAUUCUGGUGGUUAUAUAAGACAUGGUCGUCUUUAAUUGAUCCGUGUAUAUUGUAUUUUCAUAAAUUAUUAGAGUGGCGUUGAAUUACAAGGUUCUGUCCCUUGAGGUUCAGGAACAUGGUAUGGAGGCAAGAAAAGAAUGCAUAACCUAUCUUCUUCCAUCGAUAAUCCGAUGCAGUCUCUUGUCCAGUCGCCAUUCUCUCUAGUGAGGAGUAACUACUAUAGACUUGUCUGUAGAAAGAAAAGUUUGGGUUUCAAGCUUUGCUACCGUUUGGGAGGGAAAAAAUGUUGGGUGUAAUUGUUAUACCGUGUCUUCAUGUUGACUUAGUAUAAGAGUCUAAU